GUUUACACGUGCUUUUUCUCCAGCAUUUGAAUUUUAAAAAAUAUUGAACUUCCACUAACAUGCACAAACAAGUGUUUUAUACAAAGUGUUGUGCUCAUCUUAAGAGGAUACCAAGUAAAUCAGUUCCUAAAAUAAUCUGGUCAAUUUACAACAAUGAAACAUCAAAAUACUAGCCAAAUGAUGCAACAAUGAAAUUCAAACCAUACAUGAAAGCCAGACAAAAAGGCUGCCGUAGCAGAACAGACUUGACUGGAUACGCAGUCUCUUACUUCACCCCCCAAUAACCAGUGGAAAAACGGACUCCAAUAGAGGCUGAAGUAAUCCCCUUAAAAAAAUACCCCCCACCCACCUGUAAAUCUGACUUUGGCUCACUGGCAUCGAUCAGUGAAUGCUCUACGGUUGCACUCUCCAUUUGUCUGUCCAUCAUACCAUUCAGAUGUAAACGGGUGCCUCAAAUCAAAUUCUGACAGUUUAUGAUAUGCUAUAUUAUUGGUUGUAUUAAUAAACUGGCUUUGUGUUAGUUUAUCUGUGCUAAAAUGGGUUGUCAGGAUGAGGCAUCAAGCUAGAGGCGCAUAUCCGAAACGCAACAUAAGACCCAACAACGACACAAGAACUUCAACCACCGCUCUAUUCGCCGCCAGAAUCAGCACAUCGCCGUCGAGGCGAAGCGCCGUCCCUCACCAGCAGUACAUAGAAAAACGCCUCCGAAAAUCUGAUAGCGAUGUCAUACACGUCGUCGUCGAACGAUAAGGGCCAGCCUCAACAACAGCACCAACCCGUGGCGCAACAUGCAUUCGACUACACGUCGCCAAGGCCGGCGGUACCAGGCAAGGAGCGGAUACACACCGUCCAAGAGUAUCCGCCCCAACAUCCGGCUGAAUGGAGGACACGGUCGCCCACCCUCAGGAAAUAUCCAAGUGAUUUUUCAGAUGCGCAGGGUGGCGCGCCGUGCGGCUACGAACCGGAGGGCGGCAGCUGCAGGUCGUCCUCCUCCCGUCACGAAGUCGUCGACCGAUCCCCGCCACCGCCCGCUUGCCUGCGAUGGACGCGUUCGUUGCACGCUCUGCUGCAGGAUCAGGACGGACUCGCCCUCUUCCGUAGCUACCUUCGGUCUGAGGCACCGCAGCACGCCUCGCUGCUUGACUUCUUGUUCGCCUGCGAAGGACUGAGGAAUCAGAACGCUCCUGAAACCAUCAACCAAGUGGUCAAAGUUAUCUACAGGAACUUCUUCGUUAAGUCAUCGUUGCCGAUUAGCGAAGAAUUGCGCCACGAAAUCGGACUGAGCGUCAAGUCGAAUGCGUGUCUGGAGCCGCCGGUCACGCUGUUCGACAAGGCGCAGGCGCAGGUCGAGCACGUCAUCAACACAACCACCUAUCCCAAUUUCCUGAAGAGCGAUCUCUAUUUACAACAUCUCGAUUCUGUUCAACAUUCGACGGGCAGCAGUAGCGGCAGCGAAAUGAGCAGCAACGAACAUGUGAACUACACAAGCGGUACCGAUGUCUUGCCGACCCUUCACGAGGACAUGGAACUCGUCAUGAAUCAACCCGCCCAUCAUAUUAGCCACAACUCAGGUACUGGAAGUGUCAGCACCGGAUAUCUGACGCCGAACGUUGCGGCCGGAGCAGUGAGACUGACCAAAAAUCUGCUUCUGAUGUCGCAGAAACACCGAGCUGUUGACGUCCGGCCUAAAUCCGAAGCCUAUGCUAGUAUGUACAUGAAUCGCGGUAACGCACACGCCGCCUAUAACUCCUACAAUCCGGUAUCGAGGGUGGACAGCGAGAUGCAAUCGGUCAGUAGCCAUUCGGACGCCCGGACCGAAUCCGACACAAUGUCCAUGACGGACAGUUCCAUCGAUGGAAGAUCGAAAGGUAGAUCGACGCGACGCCAAAACGUACGAGACAUACAGCAAGUGCGCGAGCUGGCCGCCCUCAACAAAGAAACGGACAUGCACCUGACGCUCAUACCGCGCACUCAGCGGCUGGACGGCAGCGGUUACAAGCCGCGGAAUCGCGAAGAAUUCGACGCUGAACUGAUGCAAAAGCUGGUGGCGGUGAAGCGGGAGCAAGACAAAAACGAGCUGCUCGAACGCAAGCUGAGCGAAAGCCUGUCGUUCGAGGACAACGACCAGGACAUCCUGGACCAGCACGUAUCGCGCGUGUUCAGCGACCAGACGCCGGGCGUCGUAAGUCCGCGGACGUCGUCGCCGCCCCGCAACCGGCACGUCUCCUGCAGAUCACGGCGUCGCGACAAGGAUGGGUUCUCGACGUUCAGCGGCGAUUCGGGCAAUGUGCAUGACUAUUCAGAGCAGCCGGUGGUUUCUAACACGUCAUCGAUGGUCAAGUCGAAAAGCAUGCCCGAGUAUGCGGACGACAGAUUCGGCAGGCGGACGGCCACCUCUUGUCGGAGAUCGUCAACGUCCAAGAGGGCACUGACGGAUCUGACGGACAGUGGGGUGUCGGUCGUUUCGGAUACUCCCCCCGUUGUUGGAGUGCCACCUCCAGUCAAAGACAGCAGGGUUCUCGCGUGGCUUAUGGAAUCAGAUAAGAGCGGUCGUGGCGUCGGCCGCACCUUUAGCGAGAUGUCGCCGAAGCAUAAGAGCCACAGGACGAGCAGCGCGACGUCUCCGAGCUCGGGACGGUACAGGAAAGGUUACGGAUCCAGGUCCAGUUCGUUGGAAAGAAACAGCGCGGUAGGCGGUACAUUGGGUCCCGCGCAACCGUUCGUCGCCGAUCCAAACAUGCCACCUUUGCCACUGCCUAACACGGCCAUACAAUUGGAGGAGGCGCGUCGUAGGUUGGAGGACGACAUUAGGAAACCAAAGCAGAAGUCUUCGGGCAGAUACUAUCCGGAUAUGGCGCCUAGCGGACAGUCGACGUUACGUAAAUCGACACGCAGUACCGCCCGUCCACAGCCACAGCCAGGCGCGCCUUCUCUGCCUCCCGAAGAUGUCACCACUGUCGUCUUUACGUUUUGUGACGAACAGUUUCCUUAUCGAACGAAAAUACCUGGUACUCAAGUCACCCUCAGGCAGUUCAAGGAGUACCUUCCUAAGAAAGGAAACUAUAGAUUUUUCUUUAAGACUGUCUGUGGGGAACUCGAUAAUCAAGUAAUCCACGAAGAAGUCAACAGCGAUGCGGAUGUGCUGCCGUUGUACGAAGGCAAAAUAAUGGCUCAGGUGAAGCCAUUUUUGGACUGAUUUUACAAUUUACGUUUGUAACGUAUUUAUCCCUAAAUGAAUCUGCAAAGUCUUAUUUUAAUUUAAUAAUGUAAUUAUUAGAUAUUUAAAAAUAAUAUAACAAAGUAAUUUAUUUUUGUUGUUAUCGAUAGAGUGUAACGGAUGUUAUCUAUUGUUGUUUAUGACGUUUGACUAAGAAAAGACUUGAAUUUGAUUCGUUUUAGUUGUGACUUCACUGCCUGUAAAAGAAAACUUACAUAGUACAAUUUUGUAGAGAGAAUGUUUUGUUUUGACUUCAGUAUAAUAGAUAAUGUCCGUUGUAAUUUUAUAUGUAAAUUUAUGUUUUUAUGACAACUUUUCGUGAACAACUUUUGGAACAGUUUAAUUUGUAUUCCACUGCCAAAUUUUUAACGAAAAUCAUAUACGGUGGUGUCAAUUUAUUUGAACUGCAAUCUUCCUAAUCAAAUUAACAAAUUGCCAUUUCAUGAUAUUUUAUCCGUAAAAAAUCAUUGAUAAUCCAAUUGUUGAUAUACAUACACCACUGCAGUUUUCCAAUCCACAGAUGCACAAAAAAACAUGUACAGAGCUUCGCAAUACAAAUUAAGUAAGCCUAAUAUAAAAUUCUUGCUAUUCCCGAACAUUCGAAUCGAGGUGGUUUUUUGAUAUUUUCACUAGAAUAGUUUUGUGUUUUUAAUUCAUUUUUUUUGUAAAGUUAGUUUUUAGACUUAAAAGAAAUUAUUUAUUUGUAAUUUUAAGAGACGAAUUUUUGAAAACCCACACGUCGUGAUUUUUAAAAUAGAGGGCAAUAAUAGCUAAUGAAAAUUUAGGUGCAUGUAAUAUGAAGUGCCUUUUUUAUAAAAACGAAAGUGUUUAAUUUAAAUUUUAACCUCUUCCAAUGUUUCUCCCCAUUGUUUUAUUAGACAAUCAGAGCAUUGUUUAUUUUGAGCAGCUACGCAAAAUGUUAAUUUUACUUAUAUUAUAAAUAAAAGUUAACAGUUUUGAUAAGUACAAGGGUACGUCAAAUAUAAAAUGAACCUUUUUUUAAUUGAAAACGCGAAAAUCCAAGAAAGUUGCUCUUUACAAAAUACAAAAUGAUUGUGCCUUUUGCAACCUCCAAAGCUCUUUAACUCGUAGAAGUUUCGUUUAUAUUUGAUCGGCUCUGGUAGAUUAGUUUCAUAUACCUCAUUUCUGUGCAGGUUGUCGCGACCCGCAAUAAUUUAUUAAAAUAAGCAUUUGUGAAUAUUUGUUUACUUAAUUUUCCUUUGUAUAUUUUUAAGUUUAUUUUUGAAUUAGGUUAUCUUGCUCUUCCUUUAAGGAAAUUUUAAAAAGAACCAUCACAAUAACCGGCCGAAAUCAUGUCUCCGAGUUCUUUUUAAUAUUUCGUUCCUUUUUUGUAUUAUAAUUGUGAAUGUGUAGAUAUAUCUUUUAAAACAAUUAUUUUUAUAACGUAUUUUUCACAAAUGUAGCAGUAUUCUAGAAGAUGGAACCGGUGCCAUAAAUGAUUUGUCUCCAGUUUUUAUCGACAACAAUGGCCGACUUCGCUGCUAGAUAAAAUAAAAAUAUAUACGAAACUUAUUUGUAAAUAUACGAUAAUCUGUUCACGACUUUUAUAUAUUUGAAAAACACUCAUUGUCUCAUGUUGUUAAAAAUAUACUAGUAUUUUUUAAAA